AUGGUGGUGGGAGGGGUUAUUAGCAGGACGGGGUGGAUGGUUAUAGUCGGGGUGGGGAGAGAGAGAGAGAGAGAGAGAGAGAGAGAGAGAGAGAGAGAGAAGGGUUGGUGUGGUGGUGUUGGGUUGGGGGUGGGGGUGGGGGUGGGGCACGGGGUUGCAACCUUCUGGUUUAGAGACAUUUACAAAGGUUCAUCAGCUCGUUGGAUGGGGCUGGGUUCACGGCCCAGAGAAGUGGGACUGAGGAUGGGAUGGGGGAGGUUGGGAUGGGGUGGAGCUUCUGGGUUGGGGAAUGGGUGGCCUGAGUGA